AUGGCUCAAGUAAUGUCCCUGAAGUCUCUUUCAACUCCAGUUUCGUUAAACUUGGAUGAGAAAAAGAGAUCUCCAUUGACUCCCCAAGACACUUCAUCAUGGAGCUGUACGGAUAGCAGCUUUGCCUUCUAUCCUGACACUCCUCCCCUCAGCUCCUCGUCCUCGGACACGGGCUUUGCCAUCGACCAGUCUCUAUAUCAUUCGACUCAAGUCAGCCAGCACGAUGAGCCAGUUAUCGCAGUCAUUGGCGUUGGCUACGUUGGAACACACCUGGUCAGCUCGUUCUCCUCGAGAUAUCAAGUCAUUGGCUUUGACGUCUCUGCCAAGAGAGUCAAGGAUCUCAGUGCAGAGUAUCAGGACAUACACCAUGUGUCGUUCUCAAGAGAUUCGCAAGACCUCCGCAGGGCUACGCACUUCUUAAUAUCGGUCCCGACGCUGCUUCGACCUGAUAAGACGAUCGACUCUUCGUAUCUUCGCGAGGCGCUGAAGACUGUGGGUGAAGUUGCUCGUGCUGGGUCUACAGUUAUUAUUGAGAGCUCUGUGGCUGUUGGUAUGACUCGUCAACUUCUCGGUCCUCUUGCUGCAAGUCGCAAGUUCUUUGCUGGAAUGUCUCCUGAGCGAGUCGAUCCUGGCCGAGUUGAACCUCCUGUUCAGUCCAUUCCAAAGAUCAUCUCAGGCCUGGACGACAUUACCCCAGGCUCCCUCGACGCCAUCCGCCGAGUAUACUCCACUAUCUUCGACACGGUCGUCCCCGUUUCGAAGCCAGAAGUAGCUGAGAUGAUGAAGCUCUACGAGAACUGCCAAAGAAUGGUCUGCAUUGCCUAUGCCAACGAAAUGGCAGACGCAUGUGUCCCACACGGCAUUGAUCCGUAUGAAGUCUGCGAGGCUGCCUCUACAAAGCCAUUCGGGUACAUGCCAUAUGCACCAGGCGUUGGCGUAGGCGGACAUUGCAUUCCCGUCAAUCCCUUCUACCUUCUUUCCAACAGCCACUUCCCUCUAUUGGAGUGCGCCACACGAGCGAUGCAUUCUCGACCAUCGAGGCUUGCUGAAAGAAUGCUCAAGACACUGCGACAGAGGGUCACUCAUAAAACUCCGCGUGUGCUAGUGGUCGGCGUGGGCUUCAAGGCAGGCCAGUCGCAGAUCGAUAACUCCCCUGGAGCAGAGCUUGUCAAGAGUCUGGCAGUUUCGCGCGAGGUCGAUGCCUGCUGGACCGAUGCUUUAGUUAAGCAAGCGGCGUUUCCUCAGGUGCGUCGUCUGCCCAACGAAGACUGGCGAGUAGAUGUCUUGGCGAAAUUCGAUAUCAUUAUUGUGGCCUCGAGGCAGCUAGGCAUGGACUUUGAUAUUCUUGAUGAGUUAGAGGGUGUUCAGAUUGAAAGAUGGUGUCAAUAA